CCUCAUUCCAAUCCAUCAUCGCUGUUUCCCCAAUCCGCCCCAACCCCUAGUCAAAAAAAAAAAAAAAAAACGCCCCAACCCUCUCGCAACGCCAGCGACCGGAAUUCGCCCACACCAGCAGGGCUGCAGGAACUGAGUGAGAAUCUAAGAUGAACGUCGCCGGCGAGGCGAGGGUUACCAGCAGCAAGAAGUGGAGCAUCCUCUACCCUGUGUACAUCAACUCCAGGAAGACGGUCGCGGAGGGCCGCCACGUCGCCGCCGGCAAGGCCUGCCCCGACCCCACCUGCGGCGAGAUCGCCGAUUGCUGCUCGCAUCUCAAGAUCCCUUGCCAUAUCGAGCCGGAUAAAUCGUACCCGAGGGAUUUCUUGCAGGUGGGGAGGGUGAGAGUGCAGCUCAAGAGGGAUGAUGGCUCCCCUGUCAACCCAGAGAUUGUUACAAAGAAGAAGCUGAUGCUCCAGGUUGCGGAGUUGGUUCCUAAGCAUCUUGGAAGGACUAGGAAGCAGGAAUCUGCUUCCAAUUCUUCAUCAACAGCCCUAUCAAAGACGGGAAAGGGUGGAAGGUAUAAAAAGUAAUCGUGUCAUUGCAGGAACAUGACUAAACUCUGCCGAGUUACUCCUGAGGUGUGAGAAAUAAUGAUCUUAUGGAACUAUGAAAUUAAGAGGGGGUAGGUUACUGAACUUUCAGUGGAACUGCUUUCUGCUUACUUACAGGAGCUUAGCUGGUCGUGCUUACUGAAUCAACUGGCAGAUAUUAAGUUGUUUUAAGAGAGAAUUCCCUAUCUAGCACCAAAAAAAAUGUUUCUCUUAUUUAACAUCCAAACUUGAAAACUUUAUCUAGCAAUAAUUGAAAAUUUUGUUCCCUAUCUAGCA